AUGUGCUUUUUCACUAAUUUUGACAAUGCUUACAGUUCUACAUUUAGAAAGGAUCAAAUGGUCUAUGCGACAAGAGUUAUUGGAACAAGAUUUACAUUUUACAAAGCAUUUCUGAGUAGUGACUAUUUUAAAUCCCUAGAAAAAGGUUUUCCUCCAGAUGAUUUGACUGCAACAAUAUAUCGUUUUCUGGCAAAUGAUAAUGUGACAACAUUUUUCGGUUACGACUACGCUAAUAAGGAUCACAGACCUUUGAUUCUUGAUUUACUGCAUAUAUCAUUUAAAAGAAUAUCUUCUCAAAGUAUAAUCCAAUUCGACAUAGUAUAUGAAAUUCAAGAUGAAUCUAGACAGACUGGUUAUCAUUUAAAAGAUAUCAAGUCGUCUGACACACGGUUUACUGCCUCCUUGAAUCUUCCACCAGAUCAUCGUGACUCAAUUCCAGAGUAUGGAACGAAACUUAAGAAUCUUAUGUUCAAGGUUGAAUAUCAAACCACCAAUAGAAUUAGAGUCUGUAUUUCGGAUUUAAAAGAAAAACGUUGGAGAGUUCCAAAGGAAGUGGUUAAAUUAAAUGAAAAUCCUACCAAUAAAGAAACAAAUUUUGAUUAUGAAUUUGGUUAUGAAUCAAAUCCUUUCGGAUUUUAUAUUAAACGAAAGUGUGAUAAUGAAAGAAUCUUUGAUACUACCAAUCAAAGAUUUAUAUUUAAAAAUCAAUAUAUUGAAAUUUCCACCAAAUUACCAUCACGAUCAAAUAUUUAUGGAUUUGGAGAAACCACCGGAUCAUUUAAAAGGAAUGUGGGAUCUAGGAUGACAAUUUGGGCAAGAGGAGAAAAUUUAUAUGGAUCUCAUCCUUAUUAUGUUGAAUUGAGAAAUGGAAAAGCACAUGGAGUUUUUCUUUUAAAUUCGAAUGGAAUGGAUGUAAUUUAUGAAGAAGAAAAGUUAACUUAUAAAGUUAUUGGAGGAAUUCUUGAUUUUUAUAUAUUUAUGGGUCCUUCACCUAUUGAUGUGGUUCAACAGUAUACAGAAUUGAUUGGAAAUCCUUAUUUUAUUCCUUAUUGGUCACUUGGAUACCAUCAAUGUAGAUGGGGAUAUGACACUAUUCCUAAAUUAGAAGAUACAGUUAAACGUCAUAAAGAAGCAAAUAUUCCUAUAGACGCAGUAUGGAUCGAUAUUGAUUAUAUGGAUGUUUAUAAACCAUUUACUUUUUCCCCAUCACAUUUUCCUCCUGAUCAAUUUGCGAAAUUUGCGGAAUCACUUCAUCAAAAUAAUCAAAGAUUGGUGGCCAUCGUGGAUCCCGGGAUCAAGAUUCUAAAAGGAUUCGAACCAUAUGAAGAAGGUCGAAAGAAAGAUUUAUUUAUCAAGAGAGCGGAUGGUGAAGAUUUCGUGGGAAAGGUUUGGCCCGGAACCACGGUUUUUCCUGAUUGGUUUCAUCCCGAAUCUCAAGAAUAUUGGAAAGAAACUAUUCGUAAAUGGCUUGAUAAAGUUCCUAUCGAUGGAAUUUGGAUUGAUAUGAAUGAAAUCGCAAAUUUCGUUAAUGGUGAUUUAUCUCAUGAAACUAAUAUCGGUCGUAGAGAUGAUAAAGUCAUGAUUCCUUCCGCUGAUCAAACUGUCACUGAUAUGGUUGUAGAUGAACCUGAUAUUAUUGAAGAUUUAGAUAAUAAAAAUGACAACGAUGAAAUUAUUAAUUUGGAUGUUAAUAAUCCUCCUUAUUCAAUUAAUAACUGUGGUACUGAAUCCCCUUUAUUUCAUCGUACAUCUCCAAUGGAUGCUUUUCAUCAUACGGGAAUUAAAGAAUAUGAUGCUCAUAAUUUAUUUGGACACAUGGAAGCAAUUGCCACUUUUCAUGCUUUAAGUUCAAUUCGUCCUAAUCAACGUCCUUUCAUUUUAUCUCGUUCCACUUUUCCUAGUAGUGGAAAAUAUGCCGCUCAUUGGUUAGGUGAUAAUAGUUCCGAAUGGAAUGAUUUAAUUAAUUCAAUUUCCGGAAUCCUUUCUUUUCAACUUUUUGGUAUACCCAUGGUUGGAGCCGACAUUUGUGGAUUUAAUGGAAAAUGUAAAGAAAAUAUUGCCAUUCGUUGGUUUCAAUUAGGUAGUUUUUAUCCUUUUUGUAGAAAUCAUAAUGCUAUCAAUAUGCCAGGACAAGAAUGUUACAUGACAAAGAAAGUUGAACGAAUUUCUAAAAUUUGGAUACAUGCUAGAUAUCAAUUAUUACCUUAUUGGUAUACUAUCUUUUAUUUUUCUUCUGCCAAAGGUUUACCGGUCACGAUGCCUUUAUGGUUUUUAGAUCCAAAUGUUCAAGAUACUUGGGAUAUUGAUCGUCAAUAUUUAAUUGGUGAAAGUAUAUUAGUUACCCCAGUACUUGAAAGUGAAUCUACUAAAGUAACUGGUUAUAUUCCGGCCGGAAGAUGGUACGAUUUUAUAUCGGGUAAAAUAUUUUAUGAAGGGGAUCAAGGUAAAUGGAUUGAAUUAGAUGCUCCGAUAGAAGUAAUACCUAUACAUAUUCGAGGUGGAUCAAUUAUUCCUAUGCAUUGUCAAGUCGGAUUACAAAUUUAUGAAUGUAGAAAGAGUGGAAUCAAAUUACAAAUUGCAUUAGAUCAAGAAGGAAAAGCCAAAGGAAAUUUAUAUUUAGAUGAUGGUGAAACUCCAUUAGAAAAAGUUGGAAACAAUUAUACAUUGAUUUCCUUUACUGUAGAAAAUAAAAAAUUAAAAGUUGAAGGUACUUUCGGGUAUCAUGAUAGUCAAGGAGCUUUUGUGAAUGAAAUCGUUUUCUUGGGUAGUAAAGAACUUAAUUUGAAUGAAAAAACUAAAUUUAUUGUUUCGUCGUCACCGCCAUCAUUGCCUUCAUUAGUAACUGAUGGAAUUGAUGUACAAUUAAAAAAAGAAAUAAUUGCAGAGAAUGUGGUAGUUGAAAUGGAUAACUUAAUAAUUAAAGGACUAGGAAUUGAAUUAACGGGAGAAUUUACCAUUUCUUGGGAAUAA